AUGGCUCGCGUCCUGCAUGUGGAAAGGACGUUGGAGUCCAGAAAAGAUGAACGUUUCUGGCCCCUUCUCGACACCCUCUCCACCCUUCUUCCUGUCUGUGUUGCGGGGAGCUUCUGUCGAGAUCGGGCGAGGCCCGGGGCCUGGUCCGCCGGUGAAUCCCAGGCGGCGUGGAAAGGCGCUGACCUGCCCGAUCUGAGGCCUGCAGGGAGCGCGGGGACCCGAGGGGGUCGCACUUCGCCUGUAAAAAUCACUUUAGGAUUUUGGUUUGAUCCGGCGCACGGGCAGGUCAAGGACUAUUGGCAAAGACAGAGGGAGGUGUGGAACCUUUCCCACGCUUUCCGUCAUCCUGAAGGAAACCAAGCACACGAAAACCCCUCUUGUCUGGACGGGCUGCCGGGAACUGGUCUUCCCGGGGGCCGGGAGUGGGGCCCCCGGAGGAGGUCGGCUUUGGGGAGCCCGGGGUUCCAGGCAGCCCGGAGCCGGGGCUCAGGCUCCCGCCGCCCCCACGCGCACUCUCCCAGACUCCCUUGCGCCACGGCGGACGCGGGCGGGUCGGGGCCCUUCCGGCCGCCGCGGACCCUCGGGCUCCCGGGGCGCCGCCACCCGGCUGCCUGGGGCCAGUCCGGCUCCGCGCGGCCGCGGCCGCCGCCGCCCCGCCCCACCCCGGCCGCGAUCCCCGGACCGGGAAGCCCGAGAGUUGGCUCCCGGCCGGCCCAGGGCCCCGCAGGCCCGCAAUCCCGAGGCCUGAACGGCGAACAGGUUCCCGCACCCGCCUGGCUUAGUGCUUCGGGUUGGGGAGGCACCUCGAGGCUGCCCCCCUGCCUCUCACCAGCUCCCUUUUCUCCCUUUCUCCCCCCUCGGGACGGGUCCCCUCGAGCCAGAAGGAAGCCCGGCAGCAGCCGGCGCCCACCCUCCGGGAGGACCACGCCCGCGCCCGCCGGCUCCCUCCAGCGGGACGCAGCAAAGGAACACUACAUCAACACUCUUGGCCCGGAUCUGGACACAGAAGACUCCUGUUUCAAGAAAAUACAGUCAUCUCUCAAAUCCUGUAAUUUAUAUGCAUUCUAAACUCACUAGGUAUUGAAAACCACCCGAGUGUCCCACAACAUGGGGUAAAAUAUAAUCAAUCACUCAGUGUAAUAUUAUACAUCCUUUAAAAAUGUUAUUGGAAAAUGUUUUAUGAUCAGUAAGUCAAAAUAACUCUCUCCCACCGUUUCUUUCUCCCUGCUGCUCCCUGAUACCCACGCUUCUUUGUUCCAUUUGGCACGUAAACUUGUUUUUCCCGCCAAAUGAGUCAGUCAUGAUGGGAACGUCAAUUGAUUUGAACAGAUGUGUGUCAAUGUUACUUGGGAAACUAGAUGCCAAUAACCAGGGCCACAAAAAAAGGCAGUGGUUGCAACUCUGUAAAAAUUUACGCGUGCAUACAGACAAUGACUAAAGUGGAACCCCAAACAGGAAAACAGUUGGAUACACUCCAGUGCUUGGAGAUUGAAUGAUUGUGUGCUGCUUUUGAUUUUCACUAAUACGAGUAACUGUCCAAUUAAAAAAGACCUACUAAGGA